AGGUGGAGGCGGGGGCGUGGCGGGAGGCGUGGCCGCCGCUCGGGGCGCGCCCGCGGCUCGUCCGGAGGUGACAGCGCGCUCGCCACCGCCCCACCCCACCCGCAUGGAGGGCGGCGGGGAGGCGCUGCCCGCCGACCUGCGGGAGCUGGCCUGCAAGGUGGGGCGGCGGCCGCCCGCCGGGCUGCUGCGGGGGCUGCGCGCCGAGGCCGCCCCCGCGCCCCCCGCACCGCCCGCCCCGGAGCGCGGCGCCCGAACGCCGCUCGCCGACCGCCUCCGGGCGCUGCGCCUCGAGCUGGCUUAUCUGCGAGCAGUCGAUGUGAAGAUCCUGCAGCAGCUGGUGGCAUUGAAUGAGGGCAUCGAGGCGGUGAAGUGGCUGCUGGAGGAGAGGAGCACCCUGACCAGCCGCUGCAGCAGUCUGGCCAGCAGCCAGUACAGCCUGGUGGAGAGCCAGGCAGCCUCGCGGCGGGGCAGCUGGGACAGUCUGCAGGACCCCAACGACAGGCUGGACAGCAUCUCUGUUGGGAGCUACCUGGACACUUUGGCCGAUGACAUGGAUGAGUAUUCCCAAAAUGCUGCCGAAACCAACACUGCCUCUGCGCCGGGCAAAGCCCUGGUCAGGGCGGAGCAGGAUUGGGUCAGGAUUGACCCCGAGAGGGCUCUUGCAAAGCAAGAGAAGAGCAAAGCAGAGCACGAGUGGCCUCAUGUGGACCUCUCCCCACCUGGGCUACCCCAAGAUCACCGGUUUCUUAAGGAGCCCAACGGGUAUUUGGGCCAGCAGCUGCCUUCUCUGGAACAGGGCAGAGACACCACAUUGCCGUCGGGGGCUGGGGAGAAGCUGGGGAAGGGGAACUCGAGUGGAAAGGCUCGGAAAGCUGAGGCUGACUUUGAGAACUGCAAACUCAACAGCAAACUGCACCUGGAGUACGAUGCCCACUGGCGCUGGCUCCAGUCUCAGGACGAUGUGACAUUCUUGUAGCCCAUGGCUUCUCCUUCCCAGACCAGCUCUCCCAUCUGCCUGCUCUGCUUCACUUGUCUCUGCUUGGGAGAGUUGGGGUGGCUGGGGAAUGGGGACAGGCUGGCUCGGUGGUGUUGCACUGUUCCUCUGACCCCCAGUCUAUGUUUGGUGGUGCAGCCCUAAGGAAUGGGGUGCCCACCCUGCAGCAAAUUUCUGGAGGUGGAUGAGGCAAGUCCCUGUAAAUUUAAUCCUUUGCUCUGGGGUGGUGCUUGCAGGUGGCUAAUCACUCUGAUGCCUUUGAUGGUAGUGGUGGAGAAGGCUUGGUGGUGAAGCCUGGGACAGUGGGGCUUCUGGGACCUCUCCCUGACCUCACCUCUGCCCUCUAAUCCUCAGUUUCCCAUGUGCAAAACCCAGGAACCUUUCCUCUAAACUGAGUACCCAGGGAAGACAGGAGAUACUCCCAUGCAUCUGCAGCUCAAUGGGACCAGCAUGCUCAGUGAGAGCUGCAGGGCAAGGCCAUCAGCAGGGCAGCCCUGUUGGAUGUGCUCAUUUCCACCAUUGUCUUCAAGGCCAGUGUCCAUCCAGGGUGGAGUUGACCUGGAGCACCUAGGGUUUGGCCACAGAAAAUGGUGAAUGCUAAAACCCCCUUCCCGGCAGGUGAAGCCCUGCCUGAUUUAAAGGCCCCUGUGAAGCCAAUCUGAAGCAUGCUCAGGGCAGUCACUGCUCCCAUUGGACUGGGGAGCCUUAGUCCGUGCCCUGCAGAGGAAGGAUGAUGGUGCAGACUUCCCUUCCUGGUGUGAUUAGAUGAGAAGGGCAAAACACUGGAUGGGAGAUGGAGAUCCAGUUCUCCCAGUUUGGUUGUGGACUGUCUCCCACCUUGGGACCAGGUCCCGCAGAAACCCUGGUCGAGGCAGCGUACAGGCAGCCUGGCAGAGCCUGCGGGGCUCAGACUCAGAAAGGCUCGUGUCAUGGGGAUGAUGGCUGGGGUUUUCCAUUUGUAUGAUGAAUGGUGCCAAGUCUCUGCCCGAUACAGCAACCAGAAACACGAGGCUCCUCUGCUGGGGUGGAUUUGCAGUGACCCUGCCCUGGAGACAUCUCUGUCCUUUUAACCUCAGCUUCUGCCUGUGCCUUUUACUGUCCAUCCACUAUGUCUCCCAGCACGCCCUUUGCUCCUUUCUGGCUUGUAGAGCAUGGCUUGCAGCUGGAGCUGUGUGCAAGCUUGGUCAGGAACUGCUGCCUUCACCAGAUGAUGCAGGGAAGUAUGUGGGCAUUCCGCAGCCUCCUUCUUCAAGGAGAGGGGCUGUUCCAUGUGUGUGGACAAGCCUUGGAAGGUCCUGGCUUCACAGCCUGUGGGUGUGUCUGUCCCCAGCUGAGCGCUGCGAUGGCUUUGCUCUCACUGUGGUGCUGUUGUUCCCCUGCCUGUGUGGGUUGCAGCCUGGCAUUUUCCUUGUUAGGGCUGUGGGAGUGGGGAGAACAUCUCCUGAUGUCAAUGAGAAGUGAAGAGAGAGGGAAGACCUGGCUGUGAGUCUUGAGAUGCAAGAUGUGACCUGGCCGUGUUUAGGAAAGUGGUUGGGUGCACAACAGGCUCAGCUGUGUGUCCCUGAAGCAGCACCUUUGGUGGAAGCUACCCUCCGUGCCAAGACUCCCAAGCACCCUCCCUUGUCCUGCAGAUCCUCAGAGCUUCCUUGGGCAAACAUGGAGAGCAGGACAGUGUGCAAAAUUCCUGGAAACAGCAUCUGCCAAGGACUUAAGGGUAUCCCAGCAAAUCGUGACUGGGUUGCCUUACACGAGCAUCCCAUCUGCCUGCUGUGGAGCUGUUGUGCUUGGCUUGCUGUCGCCGGUGAGCAGCUCGUGGCUCCCUGCAUAGCUCCGCUGCUGCUGCUGAGCCACCAUGUUCCCCAAGGAUGACUGUUCCCCGCUUUCCUUCUAGCCCUGCAUGCAAUGAAUCAGCUGAGGGUCCCAGGAGGAGACGGGGUAAGUCCUACAGCUCUGUUAAAAUCAUUCUUGACAAAAAUAGCUGGCUUAAUAAAUGGUGAUGUUUUUCACUUUCACAGGCUGUACUGUCAGUGCUUCACUGAGCUUACAGGGGCUUCUAAGGGAAGGCAAGAGGGUCCAGUCUGAAAGGCCCUAGAGCUGCCGGCAGCUCUGCAAGCAGGGCAGGUUUAGCCCUCCUGUCCUGAAAAAAGCACAGGCCACAUGCCUGGGUAUCUGUCCCCUCUCACUCCAAAGUGGUGUCACCUAAAACGCUUCCUGAGGCAGGUGGGUACCAGAGCACAUCUGCUGGGGGUGAGGAUGCUGGUGAGAGAUGGAGCAUACUGAGCUCAGCUGAAUUAUAUCUCCAGCGACAGAUGGCAGCUUUGCCCU